AUGGCCCAUUCAGCAGAUCGUAAGGUAUUUCGACGUGCUCAAUCGACUUCCAAUUCUGCAUCCUCAUCCUCAUCAUCAAGCAGCGCGUUCUUCAUCUCGGAUACAUCUCCAAUAUUCUCUUAUGGAUCUUCGAGCGGUGCCAGCAGUUCUUCACCCUGGACAGCGGGCUAUGCAAAACAGUCAGAUGGGUAUGACGAAACCCUCCAUCUCACCUCUAGUUCCAACUCUAUCAUCUCAUUCAACAUCACUGCUUCAUCACUCACCCUGCUAGUACCGGCAUUUGACAAUUGUCAAGCUACCAUCUCUAUCAAUUCCUCUUCACCCAUCACAGCAUGUUCCAAAGCAGUUUCGUCCUCUUCUUCUGAAGUGAUUCCUUUCACAUUAUACAAUCUCCCCUUGGGUUCACAUAGCGUCGUAUGGGAUUCUGGCACUGUACCGAAUGGUCAACAAGUGAUAUUCUGGGGUAUAGACGGAGUCAGGCCACCGGAACAAGCGGGUUACUCCAAUGUCACCAUUGAUGAUGCGUUUAAUCCUAUUGAGAACGUGAAUGUUGGUAUCAGAUAUGAAGGAGAUUGGACACAUCUGAAUCCUGAUGCUCAUUCGGAUGCUCUCAGCGAGUCGGGGAAGCUUGAUGGCGAUUUUAACAAGACCUUGGCCAUUACUCAGGGAAAGGGAUCGGCAGUCACUUUCUUCGGAUCAGGAUCCGCGGUGUAUGUGUACGGAACGGUUGGACCUGACUAUGGAUCUGCUUCUUUAUCACUCAAUGGGCAGAUAGUCGCGCCAUCACUGAAUCUGACAUCUCCAUGGCAGAUGCCCUACGAAUUACUAUGGUUCCAAACUGGAUUAGACAGUUCUCAAGCUAAUCAAGUAACGAUGACCAAUCUGGGAACCAAGAAAAUGGCCAUCGAUUUCGUGGUACUUACGACCGAUUCAACCACUCUAUCUCAACUAGUUGUUGGAGAAGGGGAAUUCCUUUCGACCUUAAAAGGCAAAAUAAUCCUUGGAGUUGCUAUCCCCUUAACUAUAAUCAUACUUCUUUCUCUACUCACAAUCUGGAUCUUCCGCAAACGCCGUUCUGCACAUCGUCGAAGGAACUCGCGCGAAUCCACGCAUACUCUUCAUCCAUCUACCAACGGUAACGGAUCGCUCAAUCGCAUAGGCGAGAAACCAGCUGGUUCCGCUUCUAGUCGGUCCGUAGCGUCUUUCGACGACGUGUUUGUCUCGUACGAUGAGGCUUUACAGCAGCGUUUGAGCGAGAGAUGGAGAUCACCCAUCAGUCCAAGUAAUACCAAUUCGACUGGUACUGGAAGAACCCCCAGAUCACCUGAGACCGCCCUUGGUACGAAUACGAGUGGUCUGGCAAGUGUUCCUGAAAAUAUGAUCUCAUCUCCUGAGAGAGUAAGAUCAUUAUUGGGAUCACAAUAUGCAGCUACCAACCCACCUGAUUCAAGACGAGGUACGGCCUUACCAGCAUAUACACCAGAGGGAUCAUAUGUCACUCAAUUUACACCUGUCACUACUGGCAACGAUUCGGCACAUGGUCAUUCGCCCAUAACAGCAUACGAGACGAUAACAGGAACGACGAUGACCCCUACUUCGAACGACAACAUCGGCGCUGAGACGUUGACUAAUACAAAUACCACUCCCGCUACCAAUACUUCUACUUCUACUCCACCUCGAAGGUUCCCUACAGCAAGCGAAGAGAAGGCCGCUCAAUUAGCUUUAUUCAAGACAUUCGAAAAUGAUAGUAAUCCUUCUUCUUCUUCUCCUCCUCAACCAGAUACGUUUGGACCUGGGCCUUCUGGGAUUGCCCAUUCUCCCGAGAGUGAUAAAAACAACAGGAUAUCUAAUACACCAAGUGAUAUAUUAUCUAUAUUCGGUACUGCUCCAGGAUCAGAAGGUAGAUUAUCAACUUUAACAGAUUGGACAGCUACCACGCCGAAUCAUCAAUCAACUUUCUUACCUCGUCCAGGUUCAGAGUUGGAUAAUUACCCAUUACCAUUACCGAUUAUCAAUUCGACUCCACCUUUGAAGAUUACUGCUUCUCCUGGAUCAAAUAGAAUUCCUUUACCCUCUACUUCUGGUCCACCGGUUAGACCAAAAGUAGAUAUGACUUUCCUUAACAGCACUAACAAUAAUCAUGCAGCUCGGAAUCAAGGAUCGGGAUCGGGAUCGAAACAUCCAUUCUUAAUUUCACCUGCACAAAUCCACACGAACGCAAAAUCAUCAUCAACGAACCUACCACCUUCAUCAUAUACCAAUACACCCAUAACACCCCGUCAAACUUCGACUACAGCCAGCGCCAGCGGCAGUGCGAGUGAUUACUCACAAUCUACGGGGAUAACACAAAAGCACAGGAGGAAUCAAUCGACCGCAUCUGCCUGGACGGAACGGUCGGCAGCUAGACCUGAUUCGGAUAUUAUACCUUUUGAGAAUUUCUUGAGCGGGCUGCAGAGGGCGCCGACCAGGGAUUGA